UUAUUAAUAACAAUGACGCGACAUGCGAGGAAUUGUACUGCGGGUGCAGUAUAUACGUAUCAUGAGAAAAAAAAAGAUGCUGCGGCGUCAGGUUAUGGCACAAAUACUCAACGAGUCGGCAAAGAUUCUGUCAAGGAUUUCGACUGCUGUUGCUUGUCUCUACAACCUUGUAGUAAUCCAGUAAUAACAAAGGAUGGCUAUCUAUUUGACAAAGAAUCAAUACUGGAAUAUAUUUUGACUAAGAAGAGGGAAUAUGCAAGAAAAUUAAAGGAGUAUGAAAAACAAAAGCAGAAAAAAGAGGAACAGUCGCAAGAACAAACUGCUAAUGAAGAAUUGAAGAAGCUGCAGAAUUUUCUGAAAGGUGAAAAGACUAUUGUGUCAAAUGGUUCGAACACAACGUCGGAUGGAAUCUCUGUGUCUAAUAUGAAAAAUGGCGAAGACAAAGUAUUACCAAGCUUCUGGAUACCUUCUAAGACACCAGAAGCGAAAGAAAUCUCCUUACAAAAGCCUGACAAGACUAUUUAUUGCCCUGUCAGUGGAAAUCCAUUGAAAGUGAAAGAUUUGAUUCCUAUAAAAUUUACACCAGUUAAGGAUCCAGAUGAUAAGAGAUCACUUAUUGUCAAACAAGCAAGAUACAUGUGUCCCAUUACACAUGACAUUCUGGGCAACAAUGUACCUUGCGCUGCGAUAAGGACAACUGGUGAUGUGGUCACUAUGGAAUGUGUGGAAAAAUUAAUAAAAAAAGACUGGAUUAAUCCCUUAGACAAUUCUAAAUUAACACAAUCUGAUAUUAUCCCUUUACAAAGAGGUGGUACUGGUUAUGCAUCUGUUAAUGACUCGUUAGAGGGUAAGCAUGAAAGACCAGUGUUGCAGGCAUGAGGGGAAAUUUAUAUAACUUUAUGGUAUAGAUUUUUAAUAAAUUAUAAUUAAGAAUGUACAAACUUGAUUGUAGAUAAAAAAAUGCAAAUUAAGCAUUAAUUAAUAUUUAUGUAUUUUAUUUCAAAUUUUUUAAAUAAAAUAUGUUCAAACAAG